AGAGCGGGCCGGGGGCGGCCAUGAGCGGCUGGGCCCGCCCCCUUCUCCUCCUGCUGGCCGGGGCCUGCGGCCUCGCCCUGCUCGGCUACGGCGUCUACUUCGACCGGCAGCGGAGAAACGCCCCCGACUUCCAGCGGAAGCUGCGGCAGAAAAGAAGAAAAGAACGUGAGAAAGCUAAAGAGCAUGAUGUUGAGUUAUGCGAGAUGAAAAAUAUUGGAAGGGUACGGGAAUUCUUUCUGCAAGAGGUGCAGCUGGGAGAACACUGGUUAUCUAAAGGAGAACAUAAGAAGAGUGUGGAGCACCUCACUAAUGCUAUUUCAGUGUGUGCACAGCCACAUCAGCUACUGCAGAUUUUGCACAAUACACUACCACCACAAGUCUUUGAGAUGCUUAUGCAGAGAGUACCAUACGCAAAACAACGACUUCAAGCAGCACUGAAUGAGCAGGACUGUGUGGAAGAUGAGACGGAAUGAGAGAUGGCAGCAAUGUUAAGGCAGAACUCUAGCCGUCUAGCCUAUAAACCCUUGUUUGGAAAGAAAAUACAUACAAAACUGA